GGUCUUUUCCCUCCUCCUCCUCCUCCUCCCCCAAGCGCUGGCAGCCCCUCGGUGGUUGCACGGGUGCAUGGGACUCUUGCAAUGGGAAGGUGGCGGCUGGUCUGGCAGCCAUGGCGUUGCAGAAAGCCGCCCGCUUUGCAGCCCACGGUCCUCCACUGCUCAGGCAAGUCGUGGAGCACCUCCACUCCACUCGAGCAGCCCCUUGCCCCCUGCUGUCCUAAAACCAUGGCUCCUGAUACCCUCACCGGUCUCUGGAGCCCCUGGUGAGCCCCGAGGAGCUGGAGCAGUCCCAGAAGCUGGUGACUGAAUUUGGGGUUCCUGGAGGAGAGGGAGAUAGGCUCCAGGCCCGACUGCAGCGCAGGGCAGCUCGCAUGGAGAACUGGAUCACAGAUUGGUGGGUUCAGUCGGCCUACCUGGAAAGUCGACUUCCGCUGGCUGUUCACUCCAGCCCAGCCGUGGUGUUACCCAAGCAGGAUUUUAAUGACUGGAAAGGCCAGCUGAGGUUUGCAGCGAAACUCAUUGCUGGCAUGUUGGACUUCAAGGCCAAGAUUGAUCACCAGACCCUCUUGGUUGAAUAUUCUCGAGGCUACCCUCUAUGCAUGGACCAGUAUUCCCGCCUCUUUGCCUCGUGCCGCCUUCCAGGACCAAAGCAUGAUUCGGUCUUGCUACCUCCACCAGGCCGAAGACCAGCCACGUAUAUCACAGUAGUCCGCAACUUCCAGUUUUUCCAGCUUGAAGUUUACAACAGUGAUGGAACUCCUCUCACAGUUGACCAGCUUCACUCACAGCUCCAGCGAAUCCGUGGGCAGUCAUGGAAGACGGACAAGGAGCCCCUAGGGGUGCUGACCAGUGACCACCGGCACACGUGGGGAAAGGCUUACACCACUCUCAUGAAAGACAAGCUGAACCGGGAGUCAGCACGUGCAAUCCAGCGUAGCCUUUUCACAGUCUGCCUGGACGCGCCUGUUCUGAAGGUGUCGGAUUCACGCGCCUCGAGCCGUCUUGCAGCCCAGAUGUUGCAUGGAGGCGGGAGCUACUCCAAUAGCGGAAAUCGCUGGUUUGACAAGACUCUGCAGUUCAUUGUGGGAGAAGAUGGCUCUUUCGGAGUGCUUUAUGAACAAGCAGUAGCUGAAGGACCUCCGAUUGCCACCAUCAUAGACCAUGUCCUUGACUACUGCAAAGAUCCUGUCCCGGUUCGCGCUCCGUUGAUCCCUCUGCCAAUGCCCAAAAAACUGUACUUCUGUUUCACUCCAGAAAUCAAACGCGACAUUGAACAUGCCAAGCGAAACCUGGACAUGUGGGAAAACCAAUUUAUAAAGCCUUCUCUGUACCAAAGGAGUGAUGAUAAUAACUUCAAGGUUAGGGGAGAGGAGCCUAUACUUUUUCAGAUGCAUGGUCACAGACUGCUGAUCCCAAGUCCUUUCUCCCCUCAGGUAGCUGCCCGCACAGACUGUGUGAUGUGUUAUGGACCACUGGUGCCCGAUGGCUAUGCUGUCUGCUACAACCCUCUUCCUGUCCAUGUUAACUUCUCUGUUACUGCCUUCAAUUGCUGCCAGGAGACCAAUGCUGAGCAUAUGGCUGGGAGCAUCCAGGGGGCUUUGGAUGACGUGGGGGCCUUGCUGGAGGACCAUACAGAUGAUGAAUCAUGAAUGCCUUUCUCGAGACACACUCCGAUUCUCUAUUCUUUCUUCCUGGAUCAGACCUGACUUUGGCUUGCAGAGAACUUGUCUUGCCUUGUGUCAACACUGCACCCCUAAUUCCUUGUGCCCGCGAUCUUUGCACCGCCGUCCUUUCAGGCCAAAGCUCAUUACGCAAGAGUCUUCCAAUCUUUCUUGCUGACACUCCUUACCCAUAAUGCCCUUUUUAACCUACUAGGGGACCGCGGGUAAAGCAGGGGUUGGUGGGGUUUUGUGGGGGCUUUUUACACACUGUCUUAAUUCAAAGUCCAGUCUAAUUUAUUUCCAGGUGGAAUAAAGAAAAAAAAUGUUCUUUCAGAAA